AUGAGCCGCAGGCGGGCGGAGUCCGAGGACUCCCAGGGGCCCGAUGAUGAGGCUAUGCCAUACAGUGACGAUGAGACGGAUGAUGAACUGGAUCAGAGUUCAGAGGGAGAUGAGCGACCUCCAGCACUAGGGGCCGAGCCAACUCCGUCCGGAGGCGGAUGGAAAGUCAAAGCAAACGACCGGGAUUUCUGUAACCAACCUGAAUUCCAGAAAAAGGUCUUUCUGUGCUUUAAGAAGAGCAAAUAUUCUGGAAAUGCUAUCAGGACCUACAAGUACAAUGCAAUCACUUUUCUCCCCCUGAAUCUGUAUGAGCAGCUCAAAAGAGCAGCUAACCUCUACUUUCUGGCUUUACUCAUCCUUCAGAUUAUUCCAGAAAUUUCCACUCUGCCCUGGUACACCACUCUGGUGCCUUUAGUUUUGGUGUUGGGCAUCACAGCAAUCAAAGACCUAGUGGAUGAUCUGGCACGGCACAAAAUGGACAAAGAAAUCAACAACAGAAAAUGUGAGGUUCUGAGAGAUGGCAGGUUUGAAGAGUGUAAGUGGAUGCAUAUACAAGUUGGGGAUAUAGUUAGAAUGAAGAAAAACGAGUUUAUCCCAGCUGAUAUUCUGUUGUUGUCCAGUUCAAAUCCCAACAGUCUUUGUUAUGUGGAGACAGCAGAACUUGAUGGGGAAACAAAUCUGAAGUUUAAGAUGGGGUUGAAGGUGACAGAUGAACGGCUACAGGACGAGGCACAACUGGCAAGCUUUGAUGCUCUAAUUGAGUGUGAGGAACCCAACAAUCGUCUGGAUAAAUUCACUGGCACCAUGAAUUGGAGGAGGGAUCGUUUCCCGUUGGACCUGGAUAACAUGCUGUUGAGGGGCUGCAAGAUCCGUAACACGGAUGAGUGCAGCGGACUGGUCAUCUUUGCAGGAGCUGAUACAAAAAUCAUGCGGAAUGGAGGAAAGACCAGAUUCAAACGGACUAAAAUCGACUAUCUGAUGAACUACAUGGUUUACACAAUCUUUGUGCUGUUAAUCCUGGUGUGUGCCGGUCUUGCCAUUGGACACACCUAUUGGUAUGAGGAGAUUGGCAGUAAGGCCUGGUACCUGUAUGACGGGAACAACAGGACUGCCUCAUACAGGGGCUUCCUCAGUUUCUGGGGUUACAUCAUUGUACUGAACACCAUGGUGCCUAUAUCCCUCUAUGUCAGUGUGGAGGUCAUUCGGCUGGGACAAAGCAAGUUCAUCAACUGGGACCUGCAGAUGUACUAUGCUGAAAAGGAUACUCCAGCCAAGGCCAGAACUACCACCUUAAAUGAGCAACUGGGACAAAUAGAGUACAUCUUCUCAGACAAGACUGGAACUCUUACCCAAAACAUCAUGGCCUUCAAAAAGUGCACCAUCAGUGGACGUACAUAUGGUGAGAUUCUCUUUGCCAGUUGACUCACAUGCGCCUUCUGCUACUCUCCUGUGCAGCCUGUGGACUUCAGCUGGAACAAACACGCAGACAAGAAAUUUCAGUUCUACGACCAUUACUUCGUGAAGUGCAUUCAGGCUAAGAAGGAUUCAGACAUGCUGGAGUUCUUCAAGUUGCUGUCUCUCUGUCACACAGUAAUGGUGGAGCAGAAGGAUGAUGACUUGGUGUACCAGGCUGCCUCGCCUGAUGAGGGUGCUCUCGUCACAGCUGCCAGGAACUUUGGUUUUGUGUUCCUGUCCCGUACUCAGGACACCAUCACCAUCAGCGAGAUGGGCAAACAGAUGACUUAUGAGAUGCUAGCGCUGCUUGACUUCAACAGCGACCGCAAGCGCAUGUCCAUCAUCUUGAGGUUCCCAGACGGUCGGAUCCGUCUCUACUGUAAAGGAGCAGAUACUGUCAUUUACGAGCGUCUGAGUCCUAACGCUAGGAACAAGGACACAACUCAGGAGGCCCUAGAGAUAUUUGCCAAUGACACACUGCGCACUCUGUGUCUAUGCUACAAGGAUAUCAGUAAACAAGAGUAUGAUGCCUGGGCUAGGAAACACAAGGAUGCUAGUGUUGACAUGGGAGACCGAGAAGCGGCCUUGGACCGUGUGUAUGAGGAAAUUGAGACUAACUUGAUGUUGCUUGGAGCUACAGCCAUUGAGGACAAACUCCAGGAUGGGGUUCCUGAGACCAUUGCCAAACUUGCCAAGGCUGAUAUCAAAAUCUGGGUUCUGACAGGGGACAAGAAAGAAACUGCUGAGAACAUUGGUUACUCCUGUCAGCUCCUAACUGAUGACAUGCAGAUUCACUACGGGGAAGACGUUAAUGAGAAGCUGAGUGCUAGACAAGCCAGCCGGAGAAAUGACCCUCUUGGAAGACAAAGGAAGAAAGUUAAGGAUCCAUUCUUUCCUGAGCCUGGCAAGAAUGCUCUGAUCAUCACUGGUGGCUGGCUGAACGAGAUUCUGUAUGAGAAAAAGAAGAAAAGACGCCGUCUUCGCCUCCGAAGGCUUGGAAGGAGACAACAGCCCGCUGCACCCCAGGACGGCCAGCCGAUUGACGAUCUGGAAAAAGAGCUUAGACAGGAGGACUUUGUAGACAUGGCCUGUGAAUGCAACGCGGUUAUUUGUUGCCGAGUGACACCCAAGCAGAAAGCUAAUGUGGUCAGCCUGGUGAAGAAGUACAAGAAGGCCGUCACACUGUCCAUCGGAGAUGGAGCCAAUGAUGUCAACAUGAUCAAGACUGCGGAUAUUGGUGUCGGUAUCAGUGGCCAAGAGGGAAUGCAGGCUGUGAUGUCCAGUGACUAUGCUUUUGCUCAGUUCCGCUACCUACAACGCCUCCUUCUGGUUCACGGUCGCUGGUCCUACAUUCGCAUGUGCAAGUUCCUCCGUUACUUCUUCUACAAGAAUUUUGCUUUCACUCUAGUCCACUUCUGGUACUCUUUCUUCAGCGGAUACUCCUCUCAGGUUGCAUAUGAAGACUGGUUCAUUACUCUGUACAACGUGUGUUACAGCAGCCUUCCAGUCCUGCUUGUUGGUCUGUUGGACCAGGAUGUGAAUGAUAAACUGAGUAUAAAGUUUCCCAAACUAUACUUGCCGGGCCAGCAGGGGACACUUUUCAACUACAAAAACUUCUUCAUCAGUCUGUUCCAUGGCAUCUUCACAUCUCUCAUCAUCUUCUUUAUACCAUAUGGAGCCUUUCUACAAACCAUGGGACAGGAUGGAGAAGCUCCAUCAGACUACCAAUCCUUCGCCGUGGUAACUGCAUCCUCCCUCAUCAUCACCGUGAACCUGCAGAUCUCUCUGGACACAUCCUACUGGACCUUUGUGAAUUGCUUUGCUGUUUUGGGAAGUAUAGCGAUAUACUUUGGGAUAAUGUUCGACAUUCAGAGCGCAGGAAUACAUGUCCUCUUCCCCACUGCCUUCACAUUUACUGGUGUGGCCUCCAAUGCUCUCAGACAGCCCUACCUGUGGUUAACCAUCAUUCUCACUGUGGGAAUCAGCCUUCUCCCUGUUGUCUGUAUUCAGUUUCUCCACAAGACUAUAUGGCCAUCUGUAGGGGAUCAGGUUCAAAGGAACAGGAAGAAGUAUGAGAUGGAGGAAGAGGAGGUGAAGAAACCCAGGCCAUUCGAGCGUGGCAGGCGGUCUCGACGCUCAGCUUACGCCUUCUCUCACUCUCAAGGUUAUGCCGACCUCAUCGUGUCAGGACGCAGCAUUCGCCAGAAGCCACGGACUCGUCGAAAUGUGCAGGACAGCAUCCGAGAGGCAGAAAACAGUUGA